AUGAUUCGAUCCUUGUAUCGGGUGGCUGUGAUUUUCUGCCUGCUAAUCGGGGAUGGCGAGAGCAUUCUGUUGUAUCCGGAUAGGACAUUGUUUCAGCUAGAGCCUACAAUAAUACCAGCCAGGCAGAUGAGGGAUUUGAAUCUCCAGGACACUUAUGCGACCAUCGAAAACGCAUUAGAUCGGCACGGCUGGCGGGACGGCAGGGAAUGUCUUUUAAGGACCAUUUGCGAGCUCGCGGAGACACCAUUUGGCAGGACACGAGGCCAGGACGUUCUCCAGGAGGUGAUCCACUUAAUUUUAACGCCAACGGAAGACUUGCCAGGGACAGGCAAUUCCACUCACCAGAGCGUCGACGAAUUGUAUCAGGAAGCGGAACGAUUGGGAAGAUCUGGCGGUGACUGUAUUCUGGCCUACCCCGAUUGCGUCGAGUCACCCUUGGAAUCAUUCACGGAGAUCGCGCUCACUUGAGGGGAUGGCGGAUUUAAACGUCCACUUCUCGGACCGGGUCCGAAGGGGACCGUCGCUUAUUUAU